AUGGCUCUGUUCAGUGCCGGCGCGGGCACAUGGCGGCCACCUUUGAUGUCGCCGGAGCCGUUGGAGCCGCGCACGCGGCUCGUUGCUACGGCGCAGCAUGGCGCCGAGCGGCCGCGUGGCUGGUCGGAGAUGUCGCAGAAAGCUGUUGCCAGAUCCAAGCACUGGCAGCGACACCUUUGGACCCGGGGACUUCAUGAUCUUCAUGACUGCGAGCUGCAGUUUCGCAGUUCUGGUGAGUGGGAGGUUCUGAAAUUGUUUCAACUCAGUCGGGAGCGGCAUCAGCAGCUGCACUCAACUGCGAGCUCUCCUGCGGCCCCUGCUGCUUCGCCGUUAACGCCCAUGCAGGUGAGCGAAAAGAGUGUUAAAUGGCUGCUGUUUGCAUCCUGCUUGAGUCUCCUAGGCUUCACUAUGCCAGGACCCGCACUGCCAGGGAUUCGAAGCCGAUACACUCUACACGGCUUCUGGACUGGGUUGGUUGCGGCUUCUAUGUCCAUGGGCAUGCUCGUUGCUGUUACGUUUUGGCCGCACAAAAGCGACUCCUGGGGCCGUCGUAAAGUAUUGGUGUGGUCCCUCUCUGUGACUACGGGGCUGUACGCUGUGCAGGCGUUGGCGUUGAUGUACUUUGGUUUUCAGUACUUCGUACUUGUGCGCGUUGUGACUGGUUUUUUCGCUGGUUGCAAUCCCAUCUUCAAGGCCUACUUGGCAGAUGUAGUGCCGUCGGACCGUUUGCCGUUCUACAUGGUGUAUCGUGAGGCUUCAGCUACGAUGGCCUUCAUCAUUGGACCCACCGUUGGCGGCAUACUCACAACGAAAUUUGGCAUCACUGCGCCUUUCGUGGCCACGGCGGUGGCGCAUUUCGUCGGCGUGAUUGUUCUCGUCUUCUUUGUUGAGGAGUCCAAGCGUCACGUUGAUGAAGAAGGAACCCCAAACUACGAGGUAGAGGAGGCCCAAAAGGACGAUUGGCCGUUGUUGAGGAAGGUCUUCGCCAUGUCCUUCUGCUACGUGGUGAGCCAAACAUGCUUCACCUUCUUCAUGCCUCUUUAUCUCAACGAUACCUUCGAGUUAGCACCGCGAGGCAUCGGAUGGUGUCUCACUGGCACGAGUAUUGCUGUCCUCUUCUUUCAGGUAUGCGUCUAUAAACCUUUCGAAAAAUGGAAGGGCCUGGAAAAGACAGGCAUUUGUGGCGCUGUGGCCAUCUUCAUUGGUUUGUUCUUCGUUGCGUACACAAAUGUAUGUCCGGACAAAGCUCUGGACAAAGCUCUGCUCUGCAUAGGUGUGCUUUUCUAUGCCUUUGGCUCUGCCACAUUCCCUACGACGGUGCCAACUCUGCUGGCACAGUCCGUGCCGAAACACCACCGUGGCAAGGUUCUUGGCUUAGAUUCUUUCAUGAACAACAUUGGACGGGUGCUUACACCAUUGUGUCUUGGAUUUCUUUAUGGAAGGAAGGAAUGGAAUAGAUUCAAGUGCUUUUUCGUCGCUGGCUGUGCAUCAUUGCUAGUGGCUUUCCUCCUUGAAUGGGUACGAAGAGAACGCACAAGAACUUAG